GCCAAUCACUGCGAUCGGAGAACCCCAAAAGUGGGUGGAUUGGCGCAAUCGGUUGGAGAUGCACCAGGGAUCAAGAAAAAAAAGAAGCACGACGGACUACAACAGACCGACAACUUCCCCACCAGAAUUCAAAAAAGACAUUCAGCAUAUCGCGAUGGCUUCUCACCCGUCGAAAAAGCGAAGGCUGUCACCGCCUCAGUCGGAGGACGGGUCCGGGACCGGCGCCAAUGGGGUCAAGGUGCAGAAGGCCUUCUUCAAGAGCGCUUCAAACUGGAAUCUCGAACAGGACUACGAGAACCGGCCGCGGAAAAACAACAAGAAGAAGAAGACGGACCCGAAAAAUAACACCAAUGGUAUCACCGGCACACUGCCCGUGCGGACUGCUGGCGGCGAGUGGCUGGUACAAGACGAUGCCGCCUCAAUAGCAAGCGACGCCGAGUGGCUCGAGAGCGACGGAGACGAAGAGGCUCUCCCCGAGGAACCGGCCGCCCCUGUUCCGGUGGCGCCCAAGAUCCCCGAGCGCGAGCAGAUCAGGAUUGCCCAAGAAGAGCUGGCAAAGAUCGCUACACAGCUGAACGAGGACCCAGAAGAAUACCCAGGCGCCUUCAAGGCCAUGGCGAAGCUAGGCGAGUCCAAAAUUCUCGCUAUCAAGAAGCUCUGCCUCGUAGCCCAGAUGGCUGUCUACAAGGACGUCAUCCCCGGCUAUCGGAUACGACCGGCAACAGAGGACCCGGCCAUUGAGAAGCUGUCCAAGGAUGUCAAGAGAGUCCGGACAUACGAGCAGGCCCUGGUCACAGCCUAUCAGGCGUACCUCAAAACACUUGCGCAUCACGCAAGCACGCCGACAUUUCACUCCGACAGGUCCGGGAACGAUAUCUCCAGUAUUGCGCUCACUUGCGCCUGCACACUUUUGAGCUCAGUCCCUCACUUCAAUUUCCGGAGCGAUGUGCUGAGGAUUCUCGUGAGGAAACUUAGCGCCCGCAAGGCGGACGCCGACUUUAUCAAGUGCCGCCGCGCUCUCGAGACGCUGUUUCGAGAAGACGAGGACGGAAAGGCAUCCAUGGAGGCAGUGUCCCUGUUGACCAAGAUGAUGAAGGUUCGAGAGUACCACGUUGACGAAAGCGUUCUCAAUCUGUUUCUUCACCUACGUCUAUUGUCAGAAUUCUCCGGUAAAGCGUCCAGAGACCACGUCGAGCGGGACCCGGACGCACAGCUGGUCAAGAAGCCCAAGGCGAAGAAGGAGUUCCGCACCAAGAAGGAACGGAAGCUUCUUAAGGAGCAGAAGGCGGCCGACAAAGUGAUGGCCGUAGCCGAUGCGGCGGUCAGUCACGAGGAGACGGAGCAGAUGCAGUCUGAAACCUUGAAGAUGGUAUUCGCCUCAUAUUUCCGGAUACUCAAGGCGCGGUCGCCGCAAUUAAUGGGAGCUGUACUGGAGGGUUUGGCAAAAUACGCCCAUCUAAUCAACCAGGAUUUUUUCGGCGACCUUCUCGAAGCCCUGAAGGAGCUCAUUCGCUAUAGCGAAGACGUUGAGGGAGACGAGGGCGACGAGCCGGCUGACGAGGAAGAUGACAAGCUCUCGGCCGUCCGAGACACGAGCCGAGAGGCGCUUCUUUGCACCGUCACCGCCUUCGCGCUGCUGGCUGGCCAGGAUGCACACAACGCCCGAUCUGGUCUGCACUUGGACCUGUCCUUCUUCAUCACCCAUCUCUACAGGAGUCUGCUGAGCCUCUCGAUUAACCCAGACCUCGAGCUUGGGGCACAAUCGCUCCACCUCCGUAGCCCUGACGGUCUGCACGGGCGGGACGACUUCAAGGUCAACCUGCAAACUACCACCGUCCUGCUGAUGAGGUGUCUCAGCGGCGUUCUGCUCCCGCCCUGGAACAUACGCUCCGUGCCGCCACUCCGUCUGGCAGCCUUCACCAAGCAGCUCAUGUCUCUGUCGCUCCAGGCCCCCGAGAAGUCGUGCCAGGCGGUGCUGGGGCUCGUGCAAGACGUCCUGCACACGCACGGCAAGAAGGUCAACGCAUUGUGGAACACGGAGGAGAGGAAGGGCGACGGCACGUUCAAGCCGUUGAGCGAGACGGUCGAGGGCACCAACCCGUUCACCGCGACGGUGUGGGAGGGCGAGAUUCUGCGGAAGCACUACUGCCCCAAGAUCAGGGAGGAGCUGAAGCUCAUGGAGAAGAAUAUUAGGAAGAUCUAAAAAUAAUGAAACCAGCUCUUGUUUUUAGACAAUGCCCCUUUCUGGGGGGGGUUUUCUUUAAAAGUACACCAUGUAAAGUUGAUACCUAUGAAUAUUACUAUGAUGGUUGGACUACGUAUGGUAUCCUAGACAAAUCUCUCUCUUUCUCUCCGAGGCUAAUACCCCACGGCCAUGCCUUCCAUGAACACGAUUUGCCUUCUCUAA